CACUCCUGCUGGCCACACACUCCACUUACUCGUGCCACGUCAAACGUGACGUAGCAGGAGGUGUAGUCCGGGUGGGAGACGACCUAACCAGUACAAGAAACCACUCAAAGACUGACAUUAAUGAUCUUUAUACCCAAGAGGAGCACUUGACGUGAGAGCGUGGCAAAGUCAUUCAAAAGCACUGUUCAUCAUGGACCCAAACGCCAGCGGACUCGCCAUGAGGUUGGCUGAAGCCGGCCAGUCUCACCUCCUGCAGUUUUGGAAAAAGCUGAAUCCCGAGGAGCAGGCCAACCUGAAUCUUGACCUCCAGGGGAUGGACUUUGGGGAGAUCAAUGGGUUCUUCAAGAAGGCCAUGGGCACGUCCAGCAGCAGCAAACAAGAGAAGAUGGACACCCGCAUGGAGCCGGUGCCUCGAGAGGUGCUGGGGAGUGUGACGAGGGACAGGGAGAGUCUUAAAGACUGGGAGCUAGCAGGUCUACACUGCAUUUCUCAGAGUAAAGUGGCGGUCCUGCUGCUGGCUGGGGGCCAAGGAACCAGACUGGGGGUCUCUUACCCCAAAGGCAUGUACGACGUGGGCCUGCCGUCCCACAAAACCCUCUUUGAGAUCCAGGCCGAGCGCAUAUUGAAGCUGCAACAGCUGGCUGAGCAGAAGCACAAAAUCAAGUGCUGUAUUCCCUGGUACAUCAUGGCUAGUGGCAGGACAAUGGAGUCCACCAAGGACUACUUCUCCAGAAAUAACUAUUUUGGGUUGGAAAAGAACAACAUCAUCUUCUUUCAGCAGGGCAUGCUACCAGCCAUGGACUACAACGGCAAGAUCAUCCUGGAGAGCAAAGGAAAGCUCUCCAUGGCUCCUGAUGGGAACGGGGGUCUUUACAGAGCUCUGGGGCACCAGGGCAUUAUGGAGGACAUGGAGAAGAGGGGGAUAGAAUCCAUCCAUGUGUACUGUGUAGACAACAUCCUGGUCAAAGUGGCGGACCCCGCCUUUAUAGGUUUCUGUUUGAAGAAGGGAGCGGACUGUGGCGCUAAGGUGGUGGAGAAAAACAACCCGACAGAGGCGGUUGGCGUGGUCUGCAAGGUGGAUGGGCGUUAUCAGGUGGUGGAGUACAGCGAGAUCACCCUGGCAACUGCUGAGAAGCGCAACACUGAGGGCCGACUGAUGUUCAACGCAGGAAACGUGGCCAAUCACUUCUUCAGCUUCUCCUUCCUCAGAGACGUAGUACAGAAGUACGAGCCAAAGCUGCAGCAUCACGUGGCCCAGAAGAAGAUCCCAUAUAUGGAUGCGGAGGGUCAACUAAUCAAACCAGACAAACCAAAUGGGAUUAAAAUGGAAAAGUUCGUCUUUGACAUUUUCCAGUUUGCAAAGACUUUUGUUGUGUAUGAGGUGCUGCGGGAGGACGAGUUCUCCCCGCUGAAGAACGCCGACAGUCAGGAUGCAAAAGACACGCCCACCACAGCCAGACACGCCCUCAUGUCCCUCCACCACCGCUGGGUGCUGAACGCCGGGGGCCACUUUAUCGACGAGAACGGCAGACAUGUGCCCGCCAUACCCAGCCUGAAGGACGGAACAGACCUGCCAAUCAAAUGUGAGAUCUCCCCACUGGUGUCCUACGGGGGAGAGGGUCUCGAAGAGCUGGUGAAGGGACGAGAGUUUCAUCCAACCCUGAUGAUCGACGAGAAAGGAGUCCACGAGCUGGUGAAGAAUGGAGUUUAGACAAUGAAGGAGAGAGAGAGAGAGAGAGAGAGAGAGCGAGAGAGAUGGAGUGACAACCCAAAGACCAACCUCCCUUUGUCUCUCAACAUCUGCGGGGAGAAACUGUGAUGUCACAACUGUGCAAUAACAUGUAGCGUGCAUGCUUUCAUGAAAGAGGCCGACGAGCCAGAUGAAGUCAAUCGUUUACUUUCUACGUUAAUGUCACAUCUAGUUCAUAUUUGUUAUGAAGAGCACUUGAACAUGGCAUGAGAUGAAGGAUCCUGUCACACUGACUGGAUAAAGCAGUCUUCAGGUGCAUAUUUAUUUUGCUUAUGAGACUUAUUUUUAUAUGUACUGAUAGAUGCUCUAUAGGUGGAAAUAACCAUCUAGUCAUGUUACCUGGUGAUUUUUAUACAACAUUGGACUGAGAGGAAAUGAUCAGAAAGAUGUUUCUUACUAGCAUGUAAUCAAGGUACAUGGGGGGUAUACGGGCUAUGGGGGGUAUUUAUAAUAUCUGCUUCUUUUCUGCUUGUAAUCAAUGAAGAUCAAAUAUUCAGCUUUAAGGGAUGCUAUGAUCAUCUUUAUUAAAGAAACGUCCUAAUAGGAAAACUUACUGAA